AUUACGAUCAUAUUGAUUAUGGAUUUUACAACCACCUCGAUUUGUCACAAAAAUUGUUUUGACAUAUUUUCAAUUAAUGUUCAUGUAAUUUUCUAGAUCUUUAAGAUGGAAGAGGCUUUUGAGAAAUUGAAAAGAGACGGUAAUAAUAGUGUAGACAGUCUUAUAAAAUGGAUGAAAGAUUCGAAAUUAAUAGAUGAAGCAGCAGCUGAGGAGAAGGCAAGAAAACUAUUUGAAGGUGUAAAAGACGCUAAAAACGUUGAGCUAGAGAAAUUUAAAGAAGUAGUGGCGAAACUAGCAGCAGAACAGAAGAAGAACGUAGAAGACUUUACCAAGAGGCUGGGAGAGCAAGGCACGCGCUUACUAAACGCCGCGAUGGCAGGCGCCAGUGCUUUCAAAGACGCGUUGGCUAAGAAAUGAAAUAAACGAUACAUAAUGGUGUAAA